GGGGUUUCCCCAUGUUGGCCAGGCUGGCCACUCUGACCUUGUGAUCUGCCUGUCUGGGCCUCCCAAAGUGCUGGGUUUACAGGCGUGAGCCACUGCGCCCAGCCCUGAACUGGUUUUGAACCCUGGCUAGAACCCAUACUUAACUUACUAAACUCAAAUGUACUUAACACGAUGAGAACAUCGGCCUUGAAGGUAAAAAUGCUGGCAUAGAUGGCAAAGAGGUGUGUGCUUGGGCAGCUCAUGUCCUUUUCCUGGGUAAGGCAGGUAGUAACUCACAGCUGGCUGUGUGUAUUUUGGCUCUCAGACUUCUUUUUAACCAGUGGUUCCAGAUUUCUGGAUUUGACAGAAAAACAAAGCCAGAAAACAAGUGAAAGCCAGGUUCCCAUAAAGAGUUGCAGCUUUAAAUUUGUGCUCCCUAAGGGCAUGCAGAACAUACCUACCAUCUAUUAUCACCACCAUUAAAGAAAAUACUUCUGUUUUUUUGAAACAGGGUCUGGCUCUAUCACCCAGGCUGGAGUGCAGUGUCAUGAUCUCGGCUCACUGCAACCUCUGCCUCCUGGGUUCAGGCAAUCCUACCGCCUCAGCCUCCAGAGUAGCUGGGACUACAGGCACGCACCACCACGCUGAGCUAAUUUUUGUAUUUUUUGUAGAGGCGGGGGUUUUGCUUGAGCCCAGGCCAGGCUCGAACUCCUGGGCUCAAGCAGUCCACUCGCCUCAGCCUCCCAAAGUGCUGAGACUGCAAGUGUGAGCCACCACAACUGGCCUAAGAAAAUACAUUUUAAUUCUCAAAAUAGGAAUGACAUCAUCUGAAUCUGUUAGUUCCAGCCAGGCACGGUGGCUCGUGCCUAUAAUUCCAGCACUUUGGGAGGCCAAGGCGGAUGGAUUGCCUGAGGUCAGGUGUUCAAGACCAGACUGGGCAACAUGGCAAAACCCGGCCUCUACCAAAAAUACAAAAAAUUAGCCUGGUGUGGUGGCGCAUGCCUGUAGUCCCAAGCUACUUGGGAGGCUGAGGCGAGAGGAUUUCUUGAGUCUGGGAGGCAGAGGUUGCAGUGAGCCAAGAUCGCACCACUGCGCUCCAACCUGGGUGACAGAGUGAGACCCCAUCUCAAAAAAAGAAAAAAAAAAAAGAAAUAAAACAAUUAUUCCCAAGAAAAGAUGGUCAAUGGACUUUAUGCCAACAAAUAGACAUUCCUUUAAUUUUUUUGUUGUACUGUGGACUAGUAAAAAUGUCACUCUAGGAAUGACUCUGCCUCUAAUCUCUCUGAAUCAUUUGAAGGCAGAACCAGAAGAAAUGGGCCUUAGGUGUGGCAGGAGGGAGUUAGGUUGCAGCCAAGAAAGAACACUUUUUGGAGGUCUUUAAAGAACAGUCCUUAAAGAAUGGCAGAACAUGACUUAAACCACCGCUAAGUACAAGAUUCUAUGCUGGAGAUGCAAAGGUAGCUGUCCUCAAGAGCUUUUUGUCAAACAGGUAAACUUCAGGGCAACACGCAGAUGCUGGAAAAGGGUGGAUUUGCCUCAAGAGUCUGUGCAUGCUUUCUAAGAUACUCCCCUCCUUUUCAUCCUCUGAUGCGGGGAGGGAACCCUACCUGAAGAAACACCCCAAGGCCCAGGGGUAGAUCUAGGGUGGAGAGAUCACAGAAGGGAGGGCCCGGAAAGAAAAGGAACAGGGUUGUCAAUGGGCAUACCCCAAACACCCCUCCCAGAAAUGCCCUAAGGCCCCAGCCCGGAAAUGGACCUCUGCUGCCCUCUAAUGGUGGAAAGGCAGCCUCUGGAGUCUGCCUUUACCUGCCUCUACCUGCUGGGGUCCCCCGUUAAAGAAGAGGGGAUGUGAGGGACACUUCUGCUCUCUCCCCUUUUAUUCCCCUUCUGUCUUAUGCUUCAUCUCCUGUGGUCUCUAAAGCAGAACCUUCUCUUUUUUUUUUGAAAUGGAGUCUUGCUCUGUCACUUAGGCUGGAGUACAGUGGCGUGUCAGCUCACUGCAAACUCAACCUCCCAGGCUCAAGCAAUUCUCCUGCCUCAGUCCCCUGAGUAGCUGGGAUUACAUGUGUGCACCACAAUGCCUGGCUAAUUUUUUUGUAUUUUUGGUAAAGUCGAGGUUUCACCAUAUUGGCCAGGCUGGUCUCGAACUCCUGACCUCAAGUGAUCUGCCUGCCUUGGCCUCCCAAAGUGCUGGGAUUACAGGUGUGGGCCACUGUGCCUGGCCUCAUCUGUUCUCAAGCACUCCUGGCUGCCCCAUUUCCUGACCACUGCCCUCCAUCCCAUUAUCUCCCCAGUUUCCUUUGUUGCCUGGGUUCCAAUUCUGGUACCCUGGUUCCUGACCCUGCCAGAGUUCUGGUUCCGGAAGGCCCCCCACAGGUGCCUUGGGCCUAGCUCUCGCCCGUGCCCAGGGCAACACUGAAGACAUGGGCAAGAGCAUCCCCCAAUACCUGGGGCAACUGGACAUCCGCAAAAGUGUAGUCAGCCUGGCCACAGGCGCCGGGGCGAUCUACCUGCUCUACAAGGCCAUCAAGGCCGGCAUAAAAUGCAAACCACCCCUCUGUAGCAACUCACCCAUCUGCAUCGCCCGUGAGUGUCCGGGCCCUGGGGAAAGGGCUCUGCCCCAGGAGGCACCUGCUCCCGAGGCCUCUGCUGUGGGAGGGCCCAAAGGCCUGGCAGUCGAGCGAGAGCGGCACGGGCGGGACUCGGGUGAGCUCCGGAGGCUCCUCAACUCUUUGGAGUGCAAACAGGAUGAGUACGCCAAGAGCAUGAUCCUGCACAGUAUCACUCGCUGUGUGUACUUGCUGGAGGCUGAGGCCUCUGCUUGUACUACGGAUGACAUCGUGUUGCUGGGCUACAUGCUGGAUGACAAGGACAACAGUGUCAAAACCCAAGCUCUGAAUACACUUAAAGCUUUCUCUGGCAUCAGAAAAUUCAGGCUCAAAAUCCAGGAACACUCCAUCAAAGUACUCGAACUGAUCUCCACCAUCUGGGACACGGAACUGCACAUUGCGGGCCUCAGACUCCUCAACAACCUUCCGCUGCCCGACUAUGUGCAUCCACAGCUGCGACGGGUGAUGCCUGCCUUGAUGGAGAUCCUGCAGGCAGACUACAUCCUGGCACAGGUGCAAGCCGUACGACUGCUGAGCUACCUGGCACAGAAGAAUGACCUUCUCUAUGACAUUCUCAACUGCCAGGUUCACUCCAACUUCCUAAACCUGUUCCAGCCCACACAGCCAGGGAGUCUCCUGUAUGAGGUACUGGUGUUUGCUGAGCGGCUGAGUGAGGGCCGGAACGCACCCCACUAUCGCGCGGUGAAAUGGCAUUACAACGAACAGUCCCUGCAUGAAUCCCUCUUUGGGGAAGAGUCCCGACUGGCAGACCGACUGCUUGCCCUGGUCAUCCACCCUGAGGAGGAUGUUCAGAUCCAGGCCUGCAAGGUCAUUGUCAGCCUGCAGUAUCCCCAGGACUUGAGAGCCCGGCCCUCCUCCUGCCAGCCCAGUCGUUCCUACUUUAAAAACACGGAAUAAAAUUAAGGAGAGCCAAUAAAUGAGUAUGGGAGAGAAA